UGGCGCGUCGUGCCGUGGCCAGUGGGCGUGCCGCUGCCGCCGGGGGCCGAGGUGGUGGGCCAGUGGCCGCCCCCGGGCCAGGCCCCCGCCGACGAGGGCAGCGCGCAGUGGUUGGCCGACGGCGACGGCGAAGACCCCCAGAGACGCAACGACAAGGCGCUCGCCUACUUCCAGCUCUUCCAGCCCUACCUGGGCUACAGCGGGGACGAAAUAGAAGGAGACCCCGACUCCGGGCUGGAGGCGUUCUCGCGCGCCGGCGGCCUGCGGCUGCCCGUGGGCGGCGCCUCGACACGCCGCAAGCCGUUCCCCGACUCGCCCGUCUACUACAUCCGCAUGCCCGCCGCGCCCUACGUCUUCGUGCCGGGCCUCGGCUACGUCAGCCAGCCGCCCCCGCCGCCGCCGCCGCCCCCGCGACGCGCCGCCACCUACAACCCCUUCAUCAACGUGCCCGUCGAGUUCGUCUCCAACGGCAAGCCGACCGGCGUCUACCGCUGGCAAGGUCGUCCGGUUUCCACGACCACGACCCCCAAGCCGGCGCUGCAGCAGUCGUCCGUCAACACCCUCGACAAAGGGCCUUACGUCUUCAACGGCAAGCCGUCGCGCGUCCACGUGCUCCGCGACCAGUACAACGUGCUGUACGCAGACGCUCUGCAGAACUUCUACCCCUAGGCUCCGUAGCUCUCGAGCCGAGACGUUCCGUAGUGCUACUCCAUGAAUGGACAGUGUGCGUGGAGUGCUAGCUUUGACUUGAAUGAGAGGAAUCUGAGCAUGAGAAGAUCAAGCUUGAUCGUUUCGUAAACAUAUCGAACUGCAUCUUUACCUUGUCUUAUCUCGACGUGUAUUGGAGUAGCACGGAAAACAAGACAUCAGUUCUCCCUCAAAACUGUUCCCCACUUUUUAAAGUUAUAGAAACACAACCUCACUAAAAAAAGAAAAGAAAACAGCACAGGCCUACUUUUCAUACGCAGAACAGAAUUAUCAACAAAAAUGUGGAUUCGUUGCCUGCCAUCCAAAAUCUCUGGAAAAACGAAAAAAAGCAACCUGAACACACAACCUACUGCCCACAACGUCACUGAAAAAAAAAAAAUAUAAUCUCAACACAGUUCCAGGAAAAAUUCUUAUUUCUCUAUAUUCUAGCAUCAUGCCGCCUUAC